GCGCAGCCGCCGUUGCCCCGGCAACCGUCGUGCCGCGUCUUCCGGAGGGAUCUCCUGUCAGCCGGCUGAUCCCACCAUCCGCUCCACCGCCUGGACCCGCGGUUUUCGCGAGUCCUCAGAGAUUGAGGGACAGCAGAAAUGGCGGAGCGGAACCAGACGGCGCCUGAGACAGGCAGUGAUUUGGGAAAUGAUGAAGCGAUUGGAGGAAAUGUGAGCAAAUAUGCGGUGCUUCCAGUUGGGUACUGUGGACAGCCCAAGAAAGGACAUCUUAUCUUUGAUGCAUGCUUUGAGAGCGGUAACCUUGGCCGGGUGGACCAGGUCUCUGAGUUUGAGUAUGAUCUCUUCAUUAGGCCAGAUACCUGUAAUCCACGCUUCCGUGUCUGGUUCAACUUCACUGUUGAAAAUGUGAAAGAAUCACAGAGAGUCAUUUUCAACAUCGUCAAUUUUAGUAAAACCAAGAGUCUUUAUAGAGAUGGGAUGGCCCCAAUGGUGAAAUCUACCAGUAGACCAAAAUGGCAGAGACUUCCGCCAAAAAAUGUUUACUACUACCGCUGCCCAGACCAUAGAAGAAAUUAUGUGAUGUCCUUUGCAUUUUGUUUUGACCGAGAAGAGGAUAUUUACCAGUUUGCUUACUGCUACCCGUACACCUACACCCGCUUCCAGCAUUACCUUGACAGCCUGCAGAAGAGAAACAUGGAUUACUUCUUUCGAGAGCAAUUGGGUCAGAGCGUGCAACAGCGGCAGCUUGAGCUCCUGACAAUAACCAGCCCUGAAGACAAAUCUGAUCUUGAAAAUAGCGUGAUGCAGAAGAAAAUAAAAAUCCCCAAACUCUCUCUCAAUCACAUAGAAGAAGAUGGGGAGGCUAAAGACUAUGGGGAAGAAGAUUUACAGCUUAGACACAUCAAGAGACCUGAGGGGCGGAAGCCGAGCGAAGUGGCGCACAAGAGCAUCGAGGCAGUGGUGGCCCGGCUGGAGAAGCAGAACGGCCUGAGCCUGGGCCACAGCACGUCUCCAGAGGAGGUCUUUGUGGAGGCCUCGCCGGGCACAGAGGACAUGGACAGUCUGGAGGAUGCUGCUGUGCCCCGGGCUCUGUACGAGGAGCUGCUGCGCAACUAUCAGCAGCAGCAGGAGGAGAUGCGCCACCUCCAACAGGAGCUGGAGCGGACUCGGAGGCAGCUGGUGCAGCAGGCCAAGAAGCUCAAGGAGUAUGGAGCACUCGUGUCAGAAAUGAAGGAGCUCCGGGACCUCAACCGGAGGCUGCAGGAUGUGCUGCUCCUGCGGCUCGGCAGCGGUCCCGCCAUUGACUUGGAAAAAGUAAAGUCAGAAUGUCUCGAGCCCGAGCCGGAGUUACGGAGCACUUUCAGUGAGGAAGCAAAUACGUCGUCCUAUUACCCCGCUCCUGCGCCUGUCAUGGACAAGUAUAUCCUAGACAAUGGCAAGGUCCAUCUGGGCAGUGGGAUUUGGGUUGAUGAGGAGAAAUGGCACCAGCUACAAGUAACCCAAGGAGAUUCCAAGUACACAAAGAACUUGGCCGUCAUGAUUUGGGGGACAGAUGUUCUGAAGAACAGAAGCGUCACAGGAGUGGCCACAAAAAAAAAGAAGGACGCAGUCCCCAAGCCACCCCUCUCUCCUCACAAACUGAGCAUCGUCAGAGAGUGUUUGUAUGACCGAAUAGCACAAGAAACUGUGGACGAAACUGAAAUUGCACAGAGACUCUCCAAAGUCAACAAGUACAUCUGUGAAAAAAUCAUGGAUAUCAAUAAAUCCUGUAAAAAUGAAGAACGAAGGGAAGCAAAGUACAAUUUGCAAUAAACUUUGGGUUUUUUUCAUAAAG